AUGCCAAGUCUGGAAGUGGCGCCCGGGAGCAAGCCGCUUGAAUUAAGCCGCCUUCCACCCGAAAUAAAGAUGGAAAUCGCCAGCAACCUCAGUCAAAUCGAUGCCGUGUGUCUCUCCAGAACCGGGAAAGCCAUGAGCGAAUGCAGCGUGCAAAGAAUCUACGAUAGAGUCGUGGUGGAAGCAAACUAUACGCAGUUCAGCAAGGAGUAUUGCCCACGGUACACGUACAUCAAUCUGCUGUACAGCCUCAAGCAGUUCUUCCGGGCCAAACACCGCAAUUUGACGAGGGCGCUCCACGUGACCGGCCUCCCCGACCUGGCCAAUAUCUACUACGUGGAGACGCACGACUUGAUGCACCGGUUCUUCGCGGAAUUGCACAACUUGCAUGAGCUUGUGUGGACCGCAGAGAACUUCACGCCAGACCACUUGCACGUCUUGCCUAACCGCCCGCUUCUCGAGCGCUUGGAGGUAAACAUCAACUUUGCCGGGCCGGGCCCUGCAUGUGAGCCCAUGGCGGGGUUCGAGGGCCUCCGGAUCUUGCAGAUCCGGCCGUUUGCGAAUCUGAAGCGCCUCCGCCAUUUGCUCUUGGAGUUUUUGGGGAGCGGCGGCAGCGAAAUGCGUAGUUUGGAGUUCUUGGGCUUGGCACGGUGCGACUCCGACUCGCCCGCCUUGCUCCCUGCACGAGAACUCCGAAAUCUAGGCUCUGAGCCAGCGACUGGUGACGGGUCCCAGGCCGGAUCUGCGGAUGUUGAAACCAACACCCUCCACACUUUGCUCACGUGUCAGUCUGCCGGCAGGAUCCGCAACUUGACCAAGCUUAGCCUCAACUCGAUCUUUGUGAGCGAGGCCGACGCCACUCUCCUUGCCGAGUCCAUGCACUUGCCUAAUUUGGAGACACUAGUACUCAAGAAGGUAGCGGAAUGUGGCGGUGGGGCGGAAGACCGAUCAGGCGGGUUCUUGAGGGUGCUUGCCCCGCAUUUCGACAAGCUCCGCCAUUUGCAUCUCGAUUUCCGGGAGACCACCCGGGCCUCGAUUGCGCCGUUUCUCUCGACCAUUCCGCAGCUCACGAGCCUCGAUCUCAUAGAACGAAUGAACGACUUGAAACGGGCCUGUCUCGACGUAACACAGCUAUACUCAGACUACGGAGCGUCGAUUGCGCGGCACGGCACUUUGCAGAAACUCUCCGUCGAAGUGCGCCAGGAACACUCCUUUUGCGAGACGGUUAUGCCGACCCCAGAACCGGUACUUUCGGCGAUAAGCAGCUUGCAUGCGCUUGGAAGUCUCCGUCUCUCGAGCGUGAACGCGCUGGCAAACGAGACGUUUACAGAAAUGCUACAGGGGCUAUCCCGCCUACGGUUUCUUGAUGUUUUCGGCGUGCAUUCCGCAGGGUUCCUCAACUUGGGGCUUGGCAUGGUGCACCCCAAUAUCUACGAUGAGUGGUUCAAGGUACAGCAUUUCGCAGAGGAGCUUGGGCAAAUACAGCCGGCCACCCAGUACGUGCGGAUCAACCAGUGUGUUUUCGAGUGCACAUGCAGCCUGGUGUCUCCCAGGGACACCAUCGACGGCUGGUUCGACGAGAAUGUCCGUGUGUAA